GGGGUUACCCAUCGAUCCGACCCAACCCGUCGGAUAUCAUCGCAUCACAUCAUAACGGCUUCCUACCUUACCUCUACUACUACCACAUACUCAAUCAAUCUUGACAUAAACAUAAACAUAAACAUAAUGCCAUCCCACCUCCAACAGCCCUCAAAAUGACAACCUCACCACCCUCCCCCCAACAACAAAAACCACAACCACAACCGCACCUCAAACCCCCCUCCUCGCCUCUCCUCCCACCAACCACACCCCCCCUCCUCCUAACAAUCCGCUUCAGCGCCUCCAUCCCCGACCUCGAACUCGACAUCCCCCACCCCUCCCUCACAACCGUCAUAUCCCUCAAGCACCUAAUCCGCCAGCGCCUGCAGGAGCCCAACUCCCAGCGCCGCCUCCGCUUCAUCCACGGCGGCAAGAUCCUCCCCGACAACGCCGCGCUAAGCUCCGUUUUGCGCGCCCCGCCACUACCACUACCACCACCACCACCCCGAAGAGGAGCAGGAGGACUCGACUACGAUGGCAGCACCAACGCCAAGAGCAAAGGCAAAGGCAAAUCCGUCCCCGGCCGCCCCGACCCCCCGCAGCGCAUCUACGUAAACUGCUCUAUAGGCGACAGUCUCACGACGGCCGAGCUCGCCGCCGAAGCCACCGCCGCAGCAGCCCCACCGCCCGCGCCCCCAUCCGGCCCCUCAUCGUCAUCGCCGCUGCUAUCGCGCACCCCGACUCCUCUGCCCAGCACGUCCGCCGCGCCGCGCGGUUUCGACCGCCUGCUCUCCGCGGGGUUUACCGCCGCCGAAGUAAACCAGCUGCGCCUGCAGUUCCGCAGCAUCCACGCCUCGCGCUUUACGCCGGAUACCCUGCCGUCGCCCGAUUCGUUCCGCCGCAUGGAGGAUGCGUGGAUCGAUGAUAAUGGGGCUUCGGUGCCGGCUACGGGUGCGUUUGGGGGUAGUGGUGGUGGUGGAGGAGGAGGAGCUGAGGGACUUAGUAAUGGGACGGAUAGUGAUGAAGUUGGGCUUGUGGCUCUUGUUGAUGUGAUGAUUCGCGGUGUGGUGACGGGGUUUAUGUGGCCGUUGGGUAGCGCGGGAUGGCUUGUACGAGAGGAAGGCAUGGCGAGUGGACGGUGGAGGUUUAUGGUUGGCGUGGGUGUUAUGUUUAGUGUUUUGAUCGGGAUUAUUAGGAGUAUUUCCGGCGAGAAAUAAUUACUCAAAAAGCUGGUGUUGAAACUAUUGCGCUGGAUUGGAAUGGAUAGAUUUACGAGUACGCAUGGGGACGGCGUUGCAUUUGCAAUUAUAUCAUGGCAGGGCGUUUUAGAGCAAUUACGGCAUGAACAUAGAUGGACAAAUUGUAUCACGUUGGCAAAAGACCGGAAGACAAGCAAGCGGGUUGGGCAUCGCCAACGAUGGCGAUACCCCCAUUCACUAUCUAAGCACACACUAAAGAAUCUAAGAUCUCAAGAGAUGGUUACGUCUCGAAAGAGACUUAACGGGACCCUAUUAGGUUCCAUCUCCAUCAUUGAUCUCGAAACAAGUGGUAUCCCUCCCCUAAAC